GAUCAGUCAGUUUCGAGACGUUCGGGCGUGCAAACCUCGUUCCGUUGCGGUCCCGCGGGGUUAUAUAAAGUUUACUGGGAAAUUGUUGGAAAAUUCACCGAUAGCCAAUAGUGUAAUGUUCAACAAUUGAACGGAUAUGCUUUUCCAUGCAGGAAAGUUGCUAGAAACAGUGAAAAAGUUCUAAGUAAUCCUUUUUUCGCAACCUGGUCAGCAGUGAAAAGUUAUUUUUAUUAAUAUAGUGCUCCCGGGAAUGUACUGCGGGUUUAUAAGAUGAGUGGUAGCGUGCCGUUGAGAUCGCCAACGCCUCCAGCUAUGGCAAACCAUCCAUCGUCUAGAUUUAGAAUCUCGAGAACCAUGCCUUCAUGGGUGACCGAGAGCAGUGAUCGGGUAGGACCUGCACCACCUCCUCCGCCGGUAAAUAUGGACCCGGAGUACGAAGUCAUAGACGUCGCUAAUCAACAAUAUUCUAAUACUCCACCGCCAAUUCCAGUGAAAUCAGCUGAUAUUAAACGAAUGACCGUUAUGAAAUGCGACUUAUGCGGAUCUGUGACACCGGCAGUACGUUGUGCGCAAUGCGACAAUAACUUUUUCUGCGCAUCUUGCGACGAUCGCUACCACCGUCAUCCCAAACGUCAGACACAUACGAGAACCCCCGUAGAAUUGCAAACCACUCCCGCGGCGGUCGCCCCUACCACUACUGCGGUGAAACCACCGCUGCCGCCGAAGGGCGAGGCUGGCACGAGCGGUCCCCUGCCGCCGCCCCGAAGAAACAAACGCCCCGGUAGUUUUCACUUUCCCAGUCCCCUGCUAGGACGCAAGCAGGACCAGGACCAGACUAUCCCCACUACCGUCCCGCAAGGAUCAAUCAGUACCCAGAAACCACCGCAACCUCCUCCAAGUCCGGCUCUAUCUCUUCGCGAAAAAAUGAAUUCGCUAAAACGAUUCAUACACCCAUCGAAUAGACCAUUGCCAGAUCCACCGGAGAACAAAAUCCAUUCUUCCACGUCGUCGCUGGAUACGGUUUCCAAACGAUCGUUUUCCACCGGGGCUCCCAGGUCCGUGUCGAGUACAAUGGAAAAGAUUCAAAACAACACGGCCGCAACGCUGGAUCGAAUGACCAUGCUGCAACAGCGCUACCGUCAGCACCAGGAAACCAUGCGGACCGAUAGCGAUCGAAGCCGCCGAGCGAGCCUGAUUUCUAAUGCCGAUAUGCAGUCAUCAUCGCAAACUAUACGCACAAAACCACCAUCAGUUCCAUCAACAAUACUAAAUCAACAGCAGCAGCAAUUCCAUCAACAGCACCUUGCGUUGCAAUCGAGAUGGAACGAGCCACCGACACCCAGAAUAAGAUCUGGCAGUGUUGCUUCGGGUAUCAAUCUAAUGCCCAGUGCUUCUUCCCCAGUGCCUAACGAGAGCAAUGCUCCCAGCAUUAAUAAUCAAUCGUUCAUGUUCCCCCCACAGCGUACGGAUUUGGGUGGAAGUCCCGACCCAGGACUGCCUAAUCCUCGCAGUACCUCUGUUUUCAAUCUGAACCAGAUGCACCAACAGCCAGCACAGCCCAAUAUGUGGGGUUUCACUCCUUUACAACAGGCUCAAUCAAUGGCGCAAAUGAGUUUCAAUCAAAUGGGUUGGAAUCAAAUGAACCCUUGGAUGGCAGGCCAGACACAAAACGGUUCGAACAUGAGCCUCAACAUGCCAUCGUCCCAACAAGGUCGCUACCCACCCGACCCGUCAAGAUAUCCGCCAGGGUGGAACAAUGCAUGGGGCGGAAUGUAUCCGUAUCCUAUGGGGAUGAUGCCAAUGAUGCAUGGAAUGGCGAUGCCCCCACCGCGAUCGCGAGCUCAUUCGCGUGCAGCCUCCCCAGCGCUCAGUAUCAAAUCGCGUAAAUCCACCAUGUCUAUGCGUAAUCGUAGCAGCUACAUCAACGAUCUAACCGAUGAUGAAGAUUCUGAUGAAGAUUUUGGAAAAUCCCGAGGCAGACGAGACCGUCGUCAUCGAGUGAAUUCAAACAGCAGUCUGGAUUUCGACGAACCAGAACCGAACUCAUUUGUUCGAGCGUCAAGUGUAAAGCAUUCUCGUUUCAAUCGGGAUCGCCGUGGAACAUCUUCAGCAAGAUCAUUGAUAGACUAUCCGACAUCAUACAAACGUGAUAUUCAUCGUUCCAAAUAUGAUCGUGAAGAACUCCUGCGUGACCGAUUCGAUAAGAUGUCACUAUCGUCGCAAAGGAAGGUGACUUCCGAUUCGUAUACCAAUGAUUCCGAUUUGGAAACGAAUCGACGAGGAUCUAAUAAGUCUAAACCAAACAACGAAAGCUUGACUACUCCACGCAAGAUUACGUCAGAUUCCUUGACAAAUGAUUCCGAUGGUGAAAUAGAACGGCGUCGCGUGGCGAAGCAAAGCCGCUCUCCCAGCAAUGUAUCUUCUCCAAUGAAAGUAGCUUCGGAUUCAUUUACCAACGAUUCAGAUGCUGAAUUUGAACGUAGGAAACAGAGAAAAAAUUCUGGACUACUGUCGCCAAAACGCAUGGAAUCUGAUUCGUUAACUGGUGAGUCUGAUGUGGGGCGAGAGAAAGUCAAGCCUGUGGGGAUCAGAAAACUUUCCGAUACGGAAAAGGGUAAACCUGUUAAACCUAAAGCAAGCAAAACAAACCCUAAGAAAGUUCCAUCGGACUCUCAUACGCCUGAUACAGAUGGCGAUCAGAAGCGAAGAUUUGCUACCAAGAAGCCAAUGAAGAAAAAUUCCAGUACUGAAUUCAUUCCAAAUGAUUCAGAACCUGAAACUGAUAAGCAAACAGAAAUAAAGCGGAAAAUAUCUAUAAUUGUUCAUGAACCUCCAGAAAUAAAGUCUUUAUCUGAAUCUAACAACGAAAACGAAAAUGAUCAUUCACAAAGCAUCGAAAUAAAGAAUCAAAUCAACGAAACCAAACCAGAAGCAAUCCAGUUUACGACAGAAGAAUCACCGCCUCCCCCACCUCCGAUAAUUGCACCAAAUCGUGAAUGGGAAUGCGCGUUCUGCACAUACGUCAACGAAGCUGGAGUCAAAAUAUGUGCAAUCUGCUGCAAAACUGUAACUGUAGAUGUCGAAGCGCCCACAAAAAUAGAUCCCGAAACUCCACGAUCACCACCCCCGGAUGUUGUUCAAGAACCACCGUGCGAAAAACGAACAGUUCAAAAUCCGACAACGGAUGUGAAGAAACUACAAACGAUCAUACCGCCAGUCGCCAAAGAAGUCGAUAGCAAGAAGAAAGACAAUGAUGAUCGCUUUGGUGGUGGUGUUGAACAAUCAGAUCAGGUUGAUGAGUUUUUACUCGAGGAAAAUCAGUACGAAAACUUUGAAAUUCAAUCCGCCCUCCCAGUCAAAUUAGAAAAUCCCAAAGGCAGUGGUGAAAUCAAGCAAAAUUUAGACAGUGAAGUGACAAAACUUGUGAACAAGGUAGUGAGAGAAAAAGUAUCCACAGGAUGCGGCCCGUCCCCCCCGCGGGAGUUUAUCGAGGAAAAGGAAGCUAUGGAUACUGUCGAUAGUAGACCGUCUUCCUCGGCUAGGGCCUCGAUCGGAACGUCUCCUCCUCCACAGGACAUGUCCACACAGACCUAUGAAACGUUCGAGAAAGUCCGUGAAGAUUCGUCGACCAUCGAAUCGGUGCAGGUCCAGUCCAGCAACAACCUGACCCAACCACCAUCAGGCGGUGUUUAUAAACGAUCCCAUUCACUAGCCACUCCACAGUUACUGCAAGUGGCCAAUUCUCGCCCGGACAACAUCCAACAGAGCUUCUCGACUGAUACGCAGAGUCUUCCACCGACUCCGCACGAGUUGAGCCCUCAGCCACAUUACGUGCAGCAGCAAAAUGAAACUCAUCCAUCGUCAAUCGCUUCACCACAUCAUGCAGACGAAAGUAUGUCCUAUUUGGACCGCGCCAUCAAUCAAAUCAUCCAAACUGCUGCCACCAGAACGAAUUUCGGAUUGACACGGCCGCUUGAUCAGCACAAGUAUCGCGCAAUGAACGACCUACGGCGCAUCGAUACCGUACCAAGCCAAGCGCCACCCCGACCGACCACUGACAACGUUGAACUGCUUCACAGUAGACGAAAGACGACUACGAACAACAUGAACGAAGCUCCUACAAAUGGCACAAAAAUGAUGGAACCGUUGUCAAGCAACGGACAGAAUAGUUCCGCCGAGAAUGAGUUCAUAAACUUAUUGAAGGAGGCAUCACACUACAACUUUACGACUGACGAGCUGCAGGCAGCAUUAAGUCUUUGCAAGGAUAAGCAUCCAGUACUAUGGCUCCGUGACAACUGGUCCAAGUUGGUAGAUACCGUGCAAACAUUGGCUACAAAGUACGGUCAUGAGAAACGAGAGAAUACGAUAGGGACCAUUUCUUCGGCUGAAGCUCGCGAAGCACUACGACUGCAUAAAGGGAACAUCUGGCACGCUAUCACGGAAUGUAUCGAGCAGCGUCAGAAAAAGUAUCAUGAGAUCGCUUCGAAAGGUAACUUCACCCGAGAAGACAUUGUAACAAGUCUAACCGCUCACCAUGGAAAUAUGGAUCUUGCUAUGGUUGAGCUCAGUAAAACACAGCUAAAACCCUUCCUAAUGCGUAUCUGGGGUCCUCCAAAUGGGGCAGACAACGACUCUGGUAACUCGCUUUUACAGCAAGCUCUAAAAGAGGAUCGGAGUGGAAUUAGCACCGAGAUCCAGGAGUUUAUAAGUACCCAUGUCGAAAAAGAACUGUUGCCAGACAAGGCUUCAGAAUGCCUAUCAACCGUUGAAGUAGAAGUCGCGAGUAGUCCUGAAGUCAAAUUCCACCCCAACGUGGAUAAAACCAAUCACACGACUGUCAAUGAAAAUGGGAAAUGUGAUGUCCCGGAUGAAGAGAGCGUUACAUCUAACACUCUAAUUCUGAGGGAUAUCGAAAAAUUGAUCGAUCAAAUGGAAAAGAAUCAGGAAAACAAAAACGAAGACGUGCUGAAAAAUAUCCAGCAUCUUCUCACCAAGCUAGUCGAAAAAAGCGGAUCUCGACCAGCGUCACAAGCUUCGGUACGUUCUGAAUCAUGCGAGCGCAUCAUAGUAAAAAGUCCAAUUCCACUUCCGCGCAUGAAUCAACCAUCCGAAAGUGAAUCGAAACCGAUAUACGAAGACAUUCGAAAUUUUAUGGCAGAAAACAUUCAGGAAGUUCUUCCAAGUCUUGUGGAUCAAGUCCAACAAGAAUUGAGAAGCGUACCAAUUCAUACUGAAAAAACUCUAGUAGACGACAUUCGAGAGACGCUCAUGAACGCAGACUUCUCUGAAGAAGAGUAUUCGGUCAUCAGCAACUUUCCAUUCAACAUCAACGACAAAGACGAUAUGCAUGAUUUUCCAAACAUAAAAAAGCGAUCUUCGAUGGGAUUUCAAACCGCACAAGAAGACGACAACGAAUAUGCUAACAUACAGGACUUCAUUAUGAGAGCUAUUCGGACCGAACGUCUGACUAACGAAUUCGAACAAUAUAAAACUAACAAUUAUCGAUUCGACAGUAGUUCCGACGAGGCUAGAAACACUGCGGAAUCGGCCGACUAUUACGACAUUGUUGCUGUGAAUCAACGAAUUCAGGACUUACUCAACAGGAACAGAGAGGUUGUAACAAGUUUGGGUUCCUUGGAGAUUGAACCACCAACAUCAGUUGACAAUCCCGCUGAAGAGGCAAUCUACGUAAACACUGCAGAAAUUAAUGCAUUUGCUGCUACGCAGCACAAUUCUGAAACAUCAGAGAGAAAGCAGGUGAAAAAGCGACGUGUGUCCAGAAUCCCUGUUAACAAAGAUAAUUACCUACAGCGAAGACCAGUCAAAAGUUCCUCUGAAAGUGAUUUCGAAGCAAUAGCACAUAAUCAUAAAUCACCCAUUCCGACAGUGCAUGUAGAUCAUGUUGAGGAACUGCGACAUGUUGUAGAAAACAUCGAAAAAAUUGAACAGGAACUGGAUAUGUUACCAAACGAAUUGGACAGUCCAAGUGUAGACGUGGUUCAACCUAUCUAUGAUAAUGUCGUAGAUACAGAAGAGAUCAUCGAAGUUGAAACACAGCCCACGCCAGAGAUCAUAACUAGUGAACAGCAACCCUUAUCCAAUCAUAGUCUAACUUGCGAGAAUGUCCCAGAUACAUCGCUUAUCAUUCCGCCGAACCAUGAACCUCACGACCAAAGUACUGCUUCUGAGGAAAUCAAUGACACCUGCGAAGAUGUUGUUAGUCCACAUAAUGUUGAUCACAUCACUGAACCAUCCAUAAGCCCUCUGCAUGAAGUAGCAAAUAGUUCCAUACAAUCCCCAGUUGCUUCUGUUCCUCUUGAAACCCCAUCAGUAGUGGUCCCUGAAGCCGUUUCCCAAAGUCCUGAACCAAUGCUCAUUUCACCUGCUGAGGAGCCUCUUCAACCGCUUGCUGCUAGUCCAACUAUAAUUGAAAUCGUCGAUGCACCACAACUGAAUACUGAACCUAUCAAAGACGAACCUGUGUCCAUAUCGCUGCCCAAACCAUCCAACAAUCUGUCGGACUUGGUACUGGAUACCAAGCGGCUGAUACAGCAGAUGAAAGACGAAAUAGCCUCUGACAUGGCGACCAUGGAAGACGAGGAUGACGUGUACGAAGACGAAUACUACGAGGAAGAUGAGUACGGUGACUGGACGGAAGGUGACGAAAUGAUGGAAGAGUGGGAUUCCAACGAAGAAUACGACGUGGAUGAAAACGGCGACUUUUUCGAGUAUGAAGACGAAGACGAUGACGGUUCGGUGAUGUUCAGUGAAAUAGCUCCAGAGGACGUUGUACAUUCAGUGGACCAAGUGGAAGAAAAAAGGAUUGAGGAAAGCAAACCAGAGCUUCCCAAGAUAAAUGCAGCGAUGGUGCGGGAGAUGGAGCGCAACAGCGCAUCAGAAGUCAGCGAUCUGCCCUUGGAUAGUGAUUUCAAUGACACGUUGAGUGUGAUCGAGCAAUCAUUCGGUGAGGUUACCGACAUUUUGAGUUUAGCUGUUGAAGGAUUGACGGGAAAUAACCAACUGGAUUACGACGAGCUUUCGGGUGCAGACACAGUACAGAAUAGUCCGGAGAUAAGUACAAUUAGUGAAGUCACACUCGUAGCAGAUGCUACGGAUUCUACUGAAGCAACGCUGGUGGCAGAGGAGAACAUGAACUUGACCAUGAAAAAUGUGCAAACGUUAUUGAAUGCCAAAGUGGUUAUUGGAGAAUUUAUCAAGACAGCUCAGCAUGCUGGAAACAGCACCGUGAAUCUAGAUCCAGCAAAUCAAGUUCAGACCGGGGAGCGCACAAUUCACGAUUUAGUACAAUCUGGUCCGAGUCAAUCUGUCGCCGGCGUUGAAAAACGGGCUACACCUGAACCACACCCACAAGAUUCAAAGGUUCCUGAAACCGAUACAUCUGACGCUAUGUCGAAUGACGCAGAACAAAACCAUGCUGAAAAGGAAACUGCUUCGGCUACGCACGUUCUGGAUGCCACUAUUGAAAUGCUGAAUACCGUCGCGAGAGACCUAAGUGAACAACUCCAGCAGGUUUCACCGGUUCCACCAAUUGAAGAGCACAACAGUCAAGAAAUUACAGCUACAGAGAACAAUGUUCCAGAAUAUGCUACUGUGAAUCGGAAUAGAGUAACAGGUCAUCUGGUCAACCUUGAGGUCGAUCAAAAAUUAGAUCACGAAAUACUUGAGUACGUGAAUAUUAAACAACUUCAAAAUAUGCCAACCGAAAAUGGUUCGACAUCUGUACAGACCGUUGUAAACGGAGCUGAUGAUACAAUCACAAAUGGACAAUCGAUUCAAUCCGUACAAAGCUCAGCAAGUCCAACUGUAGCUCAGAUUGUAGAGGGCUCAAUAACUUGUGUGAAUCUAAUUACAUCCAAGGAAACAGUAUUUAAUCAAAUCAGCUCAGAAGAGAUUAUCUCCGAAACAGUUUCUUCUAAGGUUGACGAAAUUGAAAAUACUCUUAAUUUAGUCGCAUUAUCCGAAGAAAAUACAGAUUCAGUCAUCACAACUCUGAAUCUAGAAGAACAAUCAAUUCAGCCUACAGAACGAACAUCAUCCCAAAUACAAGAAUCCUCUAUUCAACACGUGAUGAACCCCAAUAUUGGUCAGACUUCUAUGAAUCAAGCUCAGUCCACUUCUAUAAACCAAGAAGAAGUCCACAAACUUUUGAACCCAGAAAAUACUCCGUCAUCUAUCCAGCUGGACCUAAAAGAUCAUGUUGAUGAAAUUUCCAGUGGUGAGGACGCAAGUGACGUCAGUAUCGUGGCCUCAUCUACGAUACAUGGUCAACCUGAUAAUAAUAUCUUGGCUGUGCAUUCAGAAGCAACACAUUCUGUACCUCCGGAUAACGAUUCAGGACACAGUUCCGCAAUUACUACCGACCCAGAUAAAAGACAUACUUCAGAUACUACCUCAACCAAAGACAUGAGUUCACCAAGUAAUGAACAAACUUUGAACAAUUCAGUAGAAUUGCAUCCUGUUCAGAAUCAAAUCAUGGAGACAACACGAGAUUCUACAACAGUAUUCCCGGCAAAGACUGAAACUCUUCAAAGCUCUUCUUCAAACGAAGAUGAAAAUACUGUGGAGAUAGUGGCCGAAAUUAUAAACCAAAUCUCGGAGAUCAUACAAAGAUCAACUGUUGAAGAAGAAAUUGUACCACCAAUACUCACCAACGGAGUAAUUCACGAUGCGACUAUCCGUUCAUCCAUAUCGCGAGAGCCCUCGGAGGAUUCUUCUAGUUUUAUUGAAGUUCAUGCCUCACAAGUGAUCAUUCAUUCACCAAACGGUGAAGAACCAUCAUCCCAGUCAUCAUCUGAAGCACUUACGCAGUCGUCCAACAUCUAUGAAAACGUUAAAGCCUCUUCAUCAACUCGAAAACCCUCUCCCAAAUCCUCAUCAAAAUCCAUAAAAACUCCUGGUCCAGGCACUGCCCAGACAUCAUCACAGAGCACCACUAGCAAGAAACUGACCACUCCAUCCUCGUCAUCAUCUCCAUCCGGCCAGAAAACUACCAAACUCGUCAAAGCUAAAACCAAAGCCUCCACCGAAAUCAAAAAGAAUACUUCCACCACAUCCGAUUCCUCUAGUCGUAGAAACUCUCUUCGCAAGAACUCCAUUGGCAGUCCGUUCGGUCCCAUGCAGAUCAACUCCGUCAAGAACAUGCAGAAAGAGUUCCUCAACAAGACACAAAAAGAUUCAUCGAAAUCGCCCACCAUCACGCCGAAACCAAAACCAUCCAAACUGGUGCAACCGAAGGCAUUCAUUAAUAAUAAGCUUACCAACCCUAUUACCAUACCCACUCAGCCGAACGUUGCGGCGAGCACUAGUAAAGCUUCCACAUCGUCGUCCGGGGAGCCGGGCUCGUCCCGUUCCACACCGGGGCCAAGUUCGUCCAAGUGCACCACUCCGGGGGGAUCUCGCGAAGGUUCGGUCACCUCGGAGCAGAAACGCAAACUCCGAAAGAAGUACAUGGAAACGUGCUUCAGCGACGACUACUUUACCUCGGAUGAAGACGAUGAGUGCACCACGACGGUCACGGAGAACACGGAGAGUCGCACAAUCAUUCGAUCGCUGGUUAAGCCGUUCGAGCCCAGUGAGGAACCGCUGGAGGUUCAAGCGCGUCGUUUGCUGGACGAAGGCCGCGUGAUGUCCUACCAGCAAGCAGAGCUGGCGAUUCAGCUGAUUGAAAUGCGAUACGCCCAUGAGAAUGCGGUAUGGGCAGCCACGCAAUGCCACACAAUUGAGGAAGCCAAGAAUCUACUCCAGAAGGAAUGCGAACUGUGCCUGGGAACAUACCCAAUGAAUGAGAUCAUUUCGAUGCUGAAGUGCACUCACACGUGCUGUCUGGACUGUGCUAAAGUUUACUUUACCGAAGAAAUCAUGCACCGUUCCAUAACCAACUGCAACUGCCCAUACUGUAAGGAACCGGAUCUAAACAAUGCCGAUACGACGGAAGACGACGUCCUGGAAUAUUUCUCCAAUCUGGACAUUUUGCUGAAGAACAUCGUUGACGAGGAGGUGCACGAUCUGUUCCAGCGGAAGUUGCGUGACCGAACGCUGAUGCAGGACCCGAACUUCAAAUGGUGUGUCGAUUGCUCGUCCGGAUUUUUCGCUCGACCACGCCAAAAGAGGCUAAUUUGCCCGGAUUGUGGGUCUAUUACUUGCUCAUCGUGUCGGAAACCUUGGGAAUCGCAGCAUGAAGGUAUCUCGUGUGAACAAUUCGCUGCCUGGAAGGAGGCCAACGAUCCGGAGCUGCAAGCCCAAGGAGUGGCACGGCAUCUGCAAGCCCAUGGUAUCAGCUGUCCAAACUGCAAAUUUAAAUAUUCGCUGUCGCGUGGUGGCUGCAUGCAUUUUACCUGCACCCAGUGCAAGUUCGAGUUUUGCUUUGGCUGCAACAAACCGUUCAUGAUGGGCGCCAAAUGUGACGUCUCUCCGUACUGCGCUAAGUUGGGUCUCCAUGCGCACCAUCCGAGGAAUUGCCUAUUCUACCUGAGGGACAAGGACCCGAAAGAUCUACAAACGUUGCUGACGAUGCACAAUGUGACGUAUAACACCGAACCAUCCGAGCUGAUGAAGCGAGAAUUUCUGGAAGGUGGAGCAGCAGCUAUGCAAUGCCCCAUUCCCAUUCAGAGGGAAAACCCAGCCGGUGGUCUGAUGGACACCGUAUGCAAUGGUGAUGUCCCUGACGGAUACGCUGGACUGUGCCGAACACACUAUGUUGAGUAUCUGGUAGGCGCGGUAUCCAAGGCACAAAUCGAUCCCCUGCCAAUUCUGGAUCUUACUGAUUGUGUCCAGGAAUUGCGCAGACGGGGAAUACCACUGCCGGAGCGGGGUCCUUGGGAUACCGACGAAAUCUACCGAGAAAUGUGCCAGAAGAUCGUCAAAGAGCAAAUUCCAUUGAACUAAAGUGCAACCCAGGAACAAUCCGCCUGUUGGUCAUCGUAGCCAGAGGAGCCAUAGAUAUUGUCAUCAUGCUACGCGCAAUAAAACCCUCUUCUAUGAUACUCAA